AGAGAGAGAGAGUUGUUUCGAGAGCAACCCAGCUAAAAUAUUUUGUAAUGGGAGCAGAGGCUGAUUUUGAGGUGAAUUUCACCACAAAAUUUAUUGUCAAACCUACAAAUCCAAUGGUGGAUCACCCUCAUAUCCUGAGUCUCUCAAACCUUGACUUGCUCUCUGGCCGGUUUCCAGUCUCAUACUUCUAUUUCUAUCCCAACGAACCACAUGAUCUUCAUGCUGCCACCGACUUCUCCUCCAUCAUUGAGUCCCUCAAUACCUCCCUUGCCAGUACUCUCAACUCUUACUACCCAUUCGCUGGUCGAAUCGUUCCAAACCAGCAUACGAACGAGCCCGAAAUCAUGUGUGACAACUCCGGUGUCCUAGUUGUGGAAGCUCAUGCCAACAUUCCUUUGAAAAAACUAAAUUUCUACGAUCUUGAUCAAUCUCUUCAAAGCAAUAAGCUGGCCUCCAUCAGCCCCGACUUCCCUUUUCAAGUUCAAGUCACGUUAUAUACAUGUGGAGGCGUUUCAAUUACGUUCACUUUUGACCAUGCACUUGGGGAUGCCACUAGCUUUGGUAACUUUCUUCUCUCAUGGUCUGAAAUAGCGCGAAAGAAGCCUGUUUCAUGUGUGCCGGAUCACCGGAGAAACCUGCACCUUCGUGCACGCUGCCCUCCUAGCUAUCACUCUUCCUUGGACCAGAGUUUUGUCAAGUGCACCAUGGAAGAGAUCAUGAAUAUCCCAACAGCCAAAACCUUGAUUAAGCGCCUUUAUUACAUCGAAGAUUCGAGCAUUAAACAUCUGCAGAGUCUUGCAUCAAGAAAUGGUAAGAAGAGAACAAAAAUUGAGUCAGUCUCAGCUUAUAUAUGGAAAACUAUGGUCACUGCCAUUGAUACAAAAUCCCAUGGAAUGUGCAAGAUGGGUUGGUUAGUAGAUGGACGGUCUAGGAUGCACAAGAAAGAAAACCAGAUAAAUCCCAUGUCAAAUUACAUUGGGAAUGUUCUGUCUUUGGCUUUUGGAGAGGCAAGUGUGGGGGAUUUGAAGCAAGGUUCAAUAUCAGAUGUGGCUAGUAUCGUUGGUGAGGCAAUUUCAAAGGUAACAAAUGAGGAACAUUUUCUGGACUUGAUUGACUGGAUUGAGUGCCAUAGGCCUGGGCUUAUGCUGUCCAAAGUUGUGUUGGGACAAGGAGGCCCAGCACUUGUUUUGUCAUCAGGAAGAAAGUUUCCUGUUGCUGAGCUGGACUUUGGGUUUGGGAGCCCAGUGCUUGGGACUGUUUGUUCCACAAUAGAAAGGAUUGGAGUGGCUUACAUGAACCAAAGGUCAAGUGCAAAGGGGGAUGGCUCAUGGACUGUGUCUUCUAUCUUAUGGCCUGAAUUAGCAGCUGCUUUGGAAUCUGACACCAUUUUUCAGCCCAUCACCACCGCCCAUCUCAACUUUAGACUUUAGUUGUCAAUUAAUCC